GGAAUGACAUAAAAUCAGUUAAAUCGAUUCAACACCUUUGAAAAGCCACACCUAAAAUGAAAAAAAAAAAUCCUUUUUUUUUCCAGGUCAAUCAUUUUUAAAGCCAGCACAGCUGAGGUGUUUCCAAGCACUGCUUAACCUGCAACUUUGGACAGAGAUUUCUACCAGAAACAAAACAGUGUAGGUGUAUCGAUCGAUGACGUCAUCGAGUCACAUGUCGGAAAGUGGGCGUGGUUUCUGGAACAGAAUCCGACCAGCAUUGUGGCAUCUAGAACUCUAUAAAAUUUGUUGCUGUUCGCGCUUUCAGUUGUUGGUCGCCCACGCCAACACUACACGUGACAAUCACACAUGUGAACUAGGAUAUCACACAUGAACUCUUGAAAAUCAUGAACUCUUUUUAGAGUACCAAUCCUCAAAAGAAAAGAGCGCAAAAUAUUUUAACUCCAUGCUGUGUUCGGAAUUUCGAACAUCUAACAGAACUUGAAGAUCUUCAUACAUGGGAGAAAAGAAAUUUGUUGCAGAAUUAAUGGGCCUUAAAAAUGAAGCAUUCCAAAACAGUUAUAAAAUUUACAAUAUGACACAGUUUUGAGAAGUUUUCCAACAGUUUUUGAAAUAUGCAGCAACAAGCUGAGUCGGACAACAGAACUAUCAUCAAUCUUACGAUGCGAUAGCCACCUGAAAAUUAACAAAUCAAUACAAGAACAAAUAGUGAUCAGAGACUAGAUUUCAUACCGAAAAAUGCAUUCUGGACAAAACUAGCAAUAAAACAUAAAUUUUCUAUACUUCAAGAGUCUUUUUUAAAAUAUAGAUAUGUAAAUUAUUUUACGAACGCGUUCGAUGCUUUAAUACUUUACCACUCAUUUUAGAAAUGUAUAUUUUUGAAACUCGAGCUAUCUGAAGAAAUUCUGGUGAUUAUUUGAAUUGUUUGUAUAAAAACCUGAUUAUGAGUAGUAGGUGGAAAGUCUCUUAUUAAGCCUUACAACGAUUCUAGAAAUAUAUUUAGUAUUCGAACCAGCAUAUCACUCAACUAUGUCUUCAAUUCCCCAACAAGAAUCCAUGAAACCUUCUUCGAAGUCACCAAUACCGAGAAGCAGAUCUGAUUUCAGCUAUGUUGGAUUAACACCCAAAGAGAAAAGGUGGACCACGGAUUUUUCAUUGCUACUUCCUCCAUUUUCAAGAGACUCGUCAGGGUACUCACGCCUGACAGAGUCACCAGUGACUCUCCAACCGAAACCUAGAAACAAUAGUGCAACUAAACUUGUCAAAAGUCCAACCAUGGAUUCCACUGCUCUAAGAUCCAAGAAAAAUACCGAAUCUCGGACCAUAAACAGAAGUCCUACUUUUGAUCUACCGCUUACAAAAUGCACCACAAAAGACAUCAACGCUGCCAGCGAUACCAAAUACCAAAACAGAACAUCUUCUCAGCUUCCAAAGUCUAGUCCAGUCAGUAGUUCCAAGUCUCUGAAUCGAAUAAAAUACCCCGGGGCUUCUUACUGCAAUUUGGAGCCUGGACGUUGCCUCAGGCAUGAAAUGUUGAUGCGCCGAAGUCCGACAAUGGAUUAUAAGGUUUUGAAUCCCAACAGGAUUACUGCUAGUAUCAGUAGGAGUCCAACUCUUGAUCCAACAGUAUUGAGUCGGAGUCCAAGAGAUACCUGUCGUUAUGCAAACGGUCAUCUGCCAGGAAGGAGUCCUUUGAGCAAUAGAGUUACUUUAUCACCUUCUGAAGUUGUCAGAUCCCAAUCAAUGCGAUCGCUUCGGAAAGCAGGAGACAAAAGUCCUUCAAGAAUAAGAAAUUCCGAAAGUGCCCAAGGUGACGUCACUUCACUACGCAAGCCUUAUCCAUUGGCGGAAGCUGACGAAUUUGACGAGGAAGAUAUUCGCCGCCUUCGAAAUUUCACUGUGACAUCUAAAGGGUUAAUCAACUGGGGUGAUUCUUUUCGAUCCCAUUCACUGACAUCAGUUCCUGCUCUGGACUUUACCCCAUCCUGCAGCAAUAGCCAAUGGGAUGUCGCCUCAACUAAAUCGUAUCCCAUGACUUCCAGCAGUUCGCAUUGGAAUUGCAACAGAAAACCACAAAGAUACAAAGUUGCAUUGAUGGGAGGUGAUGAAGUGGGGAAGACGUCUCUCAUUAGACAGUUUCAAACCUCUGAAUACAUUUGCGCCUUUGAUACGAGCUAUGAUACUACUAAAGACUAUGCUAUAACUGUGAUAUUAAAUAAAGAAGAAUCCGAAUUAGAAUUUGUUGAGUUGCGUUCACCUGAUGAUGAGAGUGAUGAAAAAGAUAUCAAUGUGAAAGAAACUGCAACACAUGUGCGCAACUCUCUGAACAUUCCAUACGCCGAUGCCCACGUGAUCGUCUAUUCAGUGACAAACAGAAGGAGCUUUCUGCGCGCUUUAGACCUUACUUCCAAAGUUUUAAGAACGUUCAAGAGAAGUGCUGUUCUUUUAGUUGGGAAUAAAUCUGAUUUGGUGAGAGUAAGAGCAGUGACUACGGAUGAUGGUCAAUCUGCCGCAAAAGAGAGAGGCUGUUCUUUCAUUGAGACCUCAGCUGCCAUCAAUCAUCAGGUUGACGAGUUACUCGCAUCUAUAUUGACUCAAAUACGAGCCAAAAAUAAAACUUCCUCAGAUUGCUCUGCUGCCAGCAGGUGGAGCCACUCUCCUUAUUCCCUGUCAAGAGCCAAAGGGUUGAUCAAGAAAUUCCUGAAGAAAGCUUGCUUCCAGUCUAAAUCAUCAGACAAUCUUCAAAGGCUGUAAGAAGCCAAUGAAUCAGUGCCUUUUUCUUUGUCAGAAAUCUGUUUGUGGUUCGAAUGAUUUGAAUUGUAGUGUGUUGUUCUCAUCUUCAUAGAAUAAAUGUUUUUAAAAAAUGGUGUAAUAUCGUGCAGA